UUCAACUUAAAAAGACAUGCUUUAUUUCGCCGAAGGUACUUCCAUCAAUCCAUGAUUCCAUCAUAUAAUAAUAUGGUUGGUCAAAUAAGCAAACCACUCGAUCAUAAAGAAGAUUUAAGCCAAAAGACUUGACAGAGAGAUGAUUAAACCUCUCCAUCUCCCCUUUGAUUUAUCGAGUUUCGACCUCUAACGUAAUCCAUGGCUGUGUGGGGUGGGUUGGGGCAGGCGGCGACGGUGGCGCAGCUGGUCGGCGCGGACGUCGGCGGGCUCAUCUCCAGCAUCAUCCAAGCGGCAGCGACGGCUCGGCAGAACAAGAGGGAGUGCGACCAGCUCGCCCGCCGCGUCGUCAUGAUCGCCGACCUGCUGCCCCACCUGCAGGACCCGGAGGUGAUGCGGCGGCCGGAGGUCCGGCGGCCGCUGGCGGAGCUCGGCGACACGCUCCGGGAGGCUCACGAGCUCGUGGCCUCCUGCCAAGGCCGGAGCGCGGCAUAUCGGUUCGUCAUGGCGGGGCGCCUGGCUGACAGGUUCAGGGACGUGCAGAGCAAGAUCGACUCCUACCUCAUUGUCUUCCCUUUCAUCGCCCACAUCGACAUCACCCGUCGCCUCGAUCAGAUCUACAGAAUUCUUGCUCCAAACGAUACGGCCGCAGCAUCAUCUUCUUCAUCUGCAGGCAGCUCACAGUCGGAUCAAAUCUACAACAUUCUUGUUUCAAAUGAUACGACCGCAGCAUCUUCUCCUUCAUCUGCAGGCUCCCUGCAGUCACCAGAUGCGCUGGAGUUUGCACGGAUUUCUCAAGGAGAUGGAGGAGAGGAGUUCACCGUGAAGGAGCUCGUGGCGGCGACCAACAACUUUGCCAACGAGAUCGGCAGAGGCAGCUCCGGCAGCGUGUACAAGGGAAGGCUUCGCGACGGGCGGGAGGUGGCAAUCAAAUCCUUGGUAAAGACAUCGCCGGACCAUGGCCGGGAGGAAUCUCUCAUGAGGGGGCUCGCCAUUCUCUCCCGUCUCCGCCAUGACCACAUCGUCCGCCUCCUUGGCUUCUGCGUGGUAAGGGAGAAGAAGAGGGAGAGCACGCUGCUGCUAUCCUUCCGGAAGAAAAAGAAGGCGGCGGCGGAGAGGCAGGCUGGAGAGCUCCUUCUCGUCUACGAUUACAUGGAGAAUGGCUCACUCGCCGAUCAGCUGCAUGGCCACCUGUCGUCGUCGUCGUCGUCGUCGCCGGUGAUGGCGUCGUGGAAGAUGCGCAUCAAGAUGCUGCUCGGCGUGUCGCGGGGCAUCCAGUACCUGCACCACGGCGCCACCACGACGCCGAUCAUCCACGGGGACAUCAAGCUGUCCAACAUCCUCGUCGACUCGAGCUGGGUGCCGCAUUUGACGGACUUCGGCGCGGCGGUGAUCAACGGCAUGGAGCGUCCGAGCACCGUCGUGCACGGCACGGCCGGAUACAUCGACCCGGAGUUCUACAGCACAAUGAAUCAGACGCGGAGCAGCGACGUGAACAGCUUCGGCGUCGUGAUGCUGGAGAUGCUCACGGGCAAGAGGCCAAUUUUCAUCGAUCGGAAGGAGGAGGGCGAGGUCACCAACUUGGUAGCCUUUUCGCUUCCAAUCAUUGAAGACGGCGAGCUGGGGAGGUUGCUGGACAGGCGGCCGGCGGAGCCAACGGCGAGGCAGCUCGAGGCGUUGGAAAUGGUGGCGCGGACGGCGGCGCGCUGCGUGCAGCUGCAGCGGAAGGAGCGACCGGCGAUAUCGGAAGUCGUGGCCAUACUCGAGACUGAGCUUGAUCUCCUCCUUCGCGAUGGGUAGAGGUAGAGCGGUCGUCCGAUACUCCGAUGUGAAUGUGAGUUCGUCCCACCAUUUGCUGCAUCCAAAUUCCAACGGAAAAAAUAGCUUCAGAAUUCCAAUCGUCAAACAUAGCUUCAGUAAGAUGCUUUUCAAGGAAGACAUGUAUGAAUGUAUGCUUCUUUAACUUGAGUUUCAGACGUCAUGUAAAACGAUGUAAAGGAAAUUUACCUGUUUCUCCUAUUUUCAUGGAGAAAAAAAAUUGUAUGUGAACGGUGAACCA